UCGCCCCUCCAGGUGCGCACGGGGUACCCAGGGCCCCAUUGCGCGUGCGCCUUGAACUCUGGGGCAGCAAGAUCCCACAGUCGGGAGAAACUUCAGCGGCAGGGUUUGCGGUGAGCAUCGCUUCCAAGCCCGGCGACCGACGCUCGCGUGAGGCAGGGCCAGGUGACAGCACUUCUGCGCGAUGGGCUGCUCCAGCAGCGCCCUCAACAAGACGGGCGACAGCCCCAGGUUCCGCAGCGGAGUACCUUCAAAUGAGGAUCCUUCCGCUGGAGAACAAAGCAAGUUCUGCGUGGCCCAACCCACACCAUGUAUACCAGGAAGAGAAGCUGCCUUUUACGGCAAUGCACAAAGGGCUAGCCACGCCCCAUCAGAGAAGCCCAAGGCUUCAGUGGUGCCUACCGCCAAUGGUGUUAAAUCCUGCCACCAACUGUCUCUGGCAAAUGAUGAGGCCCCUAGAAAGGAUGCCACAGACCUGUCAGGACCCACAAAGGAGACUGAACCUGUAGUGCAAGGGGAAGAAUCUGAGCUACCUCAGCCAGGGGGCAAAGAUGGCAUGCUGGGAACGGAGGAAACGAAGAAAGAUGUGGAGACAAGCACAGAGGCCCAGUCUUUAAAAGGAACUGCUGAGACUGAGCCUCUAGGAACAGAAGCCAGGAGUCAGCCUCCGAGGACACCAGGAGAGAGGGAGUCCCCUGGAGCUGGGGAGGACACUGCGAUUCCACAAACUGCUGGAGUGACGAAGCUUCCAGAAACAGCUGAGAAGACUCUGCCUCUGGAAACAGCUAAGGAGCUACCACCUGAAGAAGCAACGGGAAAGAACGCACAGCCCCAGAUUGUAGAAGCGAUUCCCAAAGAGAGCAACCGUGCAGAAAUAGUGGAAGGGCAUCAGUCUGUGGGACAAGCGGAACAAAAGGAACUUCAAGAGACCUUGAAGGACAAACAGUUCCAGCUUCUAGAAGAAAGUCCCAAAGAGAACAGCUCUCCCAAAGUAGCAGAAGGGGGUCAGUCUGCAGAAAGCAGUGAAGAGCAGCAACCUCGGGAAACACCGGGCAAAGACGAGCAGCCCCAGCUUCUAGAAACAGUGCUCACAGAGAACGGAACACCACAAACGCCAGACAGAAGCCAACUUGUGCCAACUCCUGGAAUGAACCAGUCACUCUGUGAAACUCCUGAUGGGACCAGGACCGCCCAUGAAUCUCAACCCGAAACAGCAGCUGGAAGCAGGGAGCAGCUGGCCGGAACUGCAGAGACAGCACCAGAUGUGGAAAUGGCCAGAGAAAUUCACGCCGACGAAGAGGAGCAACACAUUGAAGGUGAGACAGGAGAGAAGGUGGAAGCAAAGAUGAAGAACGAGAGAGAAAGUGAAGAAGCUGAAGCCAAAGAAAAGGAAACAGGAGAAGCUGUGGGUCUCGGAGCCGCAGGGGAGAGUGACGGAAGGGCUAGUGCACACAGCGCGUCAUAGCAAAGGGCGGGAAAGUUUGCGGCUGUGGGGGCACAUGCCGUCUUUCUGUGGCUACGUGGUUUAUACAAGGAGUGAGGCUGUAGCCUGAUAAGGAACAGGAGAACAAAUGCUGUUUUUGAUUGUGUUAUGCCAUAAAACUGCUAAGCUAGACAAGUUGUUUUUAGGCACUUAGGAUAAUUAUGCUUUCAAAGUGACAAUAGCCAAAGCCAAUAAAAACUGUAAGACCAUUUAAGAAUGUGAAGGUGAUUUUCCUCCUUUCGGGAUAAAAUGAGACCCUGAAAGGAAAGAGUAAACAUUUAGAUAUAGUGGGGCUAGAGAGAGGAAUUAGCAACAUUUAAGGAACUCAUGAUGGCAGAGUUACAUAGCUUUAAUGAUGGGAUAAGAGUGAAUAACCCCAGAACACAAGAGGAACUCCACCUAAUAUUUCUGUCUUGUGAUGGGAAUUAGAGCUGCCGCUGAGGUGCCAUUUGCGAGGUUUGGCAUUUUUACAAUGAAUGGCUCCACAUUCUCCAAGUGCCAUUUUGAAUUGGCUGGUGAUUUUAUGCUCACUAGAGGUGUUUCAGUUGGUGAUUUUUUUUUGUUUGUUUGUUAUACUUACUAACAGUGAAAUAAUUUUAAGUUACUUGACCUUUAGUGCAUUUCUGAGGUAAUAGCAAAUAAAAUGAACCCAGCAAGGAUUCAGUCCCAGCUUCAGGGCUACGGGGACAUCUUAGAAGUUUCAAGUGUUUGCUGCCAAGCAAAAGAGUGGGGGUUGGAGCCUCAGAAACAUCGCUGGGUGGGCGUGGGAGCUGUCUGUAAACCCAGCCCAGAAGGCAGUGACGUGUGAGGGAAAGGUAACAAAGAAACAAAUAACAACAAAAGCCCCCAAGAAUGCCCUAGCUCUAUUGUUUAUGUGGAGUCUUCCUGGGCCCUGCUCCCCUUUAAAUGACUGCAAGUUAGCAUUAGGUUCAGAUAUGAGGAAGAGCUAAGGAGUCAAGAUUUUAAAUGCAUGUAUGUAUCACAGAGUCAUUUUUCCAGAAUUCUUCCAAAGCAAGCAAGGGACUCUGGUGAUGAUUGUGUGUGAAUCACAAUAUGGUGGUUAAUUUGUUUUUUGUUAAGUGCUCUGUGUUUCUGAAUAUCAAAGUAGGCCUAUGGAAAAUUUAUUACACAAUUUUAAUACAUAUUUUUAAGGUAACCGCUGAGAUGAAUUAAGUAGCAUCUCUUUUAGUGUCUACAUUAGAAUGAUGCAUAAGGUGAGCUGACUGACAAUAUAGAGUAGAUCUCACUGUUCUGACUUCAGUGUUAGCUUAUGCCCCGACAACACACCAGAUAGACAAGAGCAGAUGACACCAUACUGUCUGCAAAACAGAGGCUGGGCCGAUCGCACUGAGAACAAGCAGUUUAUGUGUCCUCAAAUUCAGGCGUUUGGUUUCUUUAGCUCCUCUAUAUAUCUGUUGAGUCAAUGGAUGACUACCAAGAAACAAUAUAUUAAAAAAGUGAAUUUGUGUGACACUACCCCAGUUCUAUCUGGUAAAUGGGAAAAUCCAUUUUCUUUUUCUUUUUUUGUUUGUUUUGUUUUGU